AACAGGUGGAGGGGAGAAUUAACAAUCAGAUCUUGGGAGGUAAAAUGUUAGCCCAACAGGUGGUAUGGAUGAGUACCAACAAACUGUCAGGCAACCUUGGCAAAUCUUUGUAGGGUAACCAGUGAUUGACUAGCAUGUGGUCUGAAAAGAAAUAGUCUUUAAGUUAGUUACUGGAAGUCUGGGCAGGCUCUUUUCUCACCAUGAAGGUUGAUUUUUUUUUCAAUGCUUCGAGAUGCAAGAGGUACAAGAAUUAACAUUAAACUAUUCAUGACCUUAUUUUUGUUCAUCAAGUCUUAUGAUACAGAGAUUUAGUUUUAUGCUAUCUGAAAGUGCCUUUUUUAUUAUGUAGCUAUCAUCUCGUGUUUAUAUUAUAAAACACAAUUUUUUUGGUUGCAGGAUAUCAGUCUGAUGAGGAAUGCAGUAGAUAGAUUGGAUUCUACUAUGACACAAAAGAUCACUGACUUCUGGAAUGAGCAAUUCAACACAAAGUACAAUCAGUUAGAUGAAGAUAAAAGAACUGAACUUAAAAAUGAGUUUAUUGAAAAGCUCAAGUCUGAAGUUACUUGCGGCCCUGCAAUGCUAAAGAACUAUAGGGAAUACAAGCUUACAAUUCUAGGAAACCUUCAUUUCAAAAAAAUUAAGGCUGAGGAAAAGACAAGUGAAGAACCACCUUAUAAAAAACAAAGAACCAGGGCAGUCAAUGGUCAAGCUGAAGUUGCAAAUGAUGCAGAAGACAAACCAAAGAAAACAAAAACACCAGAAGGGAAAGUGACUAAAAGAAAACGAAGAACACAAGAGAGAGAAAUCAAGGAGGCUGAGAACAGUAGUGCUGCUUACAGUCAGUUUGCGGUGUCUCAUUUACUUCAAACACAUUCACUAAACAAUGAUCCUACAGACAGAAAGACACAAGUGUGGGGUUGUGAAUUUGAACCAGAUCCUGAGAGAGAAGGUCACACCACCACAACUUGUGCUACAUGUGGAGGAGAUUCUGUUUGCUUUGUGGACUGCAGUACUGGACGUGUCAUGAAAAAAUACAAACAACCUGGAGAAACAUUUUACUGUUUAGCAUGGACUACGGUUUAUUUAGACUUUGAUACUGAUAAGAAACGGAAAGGCAACCUUAUUGCUGCGGGAGGAUUUCAAAAUGACAUAAAAAUAAUAGAACCAAAUCAGCUAGUUUGCUUUGAAGAAAUUCAGGGACACAAAGGUGUUUUAGAAUGUCUUAUGUUUCAUCCUCAUCAUCCCACAUGGCUGCUUAGUGCUGCAGAUGAUAACACUAUUAUGGUUUGGGAAAUAGGUCUGCCUAAAGCAGCUGAGUACCAGGGAAAAUCACAGCUCCUGCUGACACUGAAAUCUCGCUCAAUAGUGCGCUUAUUUUCAAUUCCUCCACAUGGCAAAGUAGUUGUGGGAGGAUGUGACGAUGGCUGCUAUGUCUGGAAUCUCUUUGAUAAUAAAACUGAUAAAGCUGAUAAAAAGGAUAAGACAAGGACACAUUUUGGAAAGUUAGAUUUUCCUGGUAAAAAGACAAUUCCUUUAGACAGUAUUGUGUGCUUGUCAAACAAAAUGAUUGCAACUAAGCGAGUUGAAGAAGGUUGCAUCCAUAUUUGGCACUCAGAGUCAGAAAUGAUGAAGAAUGACUUCAGAGUAGCUCACAAGCUUCCAUGGAGACUCACUGAAGUUCCUUUCUUGAAAUUCAGCUUUGUACCAGCAUGCUCAGUGUUGUUGGCUGGAGAUGAUACAGGAUCUGUUUGGUUGUAUGAUGUGGCAACAAAUGUGUUAGCAACAAAGAGUGAUGAUGCAAAACAGACACAGGUAAAACAAACACAGGUGAGGAGUUCUGUAUGAUUGCUUUAGAACAUUUCAGUAUACCUUUCUCUAUAAGGGGAACCAAAUGUAAAACAUACCAUAGGUGAUAACAAUUACUUUGAAUCCUCUCUGCUGAGUGGUUUUUUUUUUUUUCUUUUUAGCUUAGUUAUACAUACAUUCUGAUUGGUUCUUAGUUGUGAUCUGUUAGAGGACAGAUGCAUAGAUGACAUCACCAUUAACAGCAGUUCAUUUCUGUAUCAUAUGAAAGAAAGAGAUUCUAUGUGCUGUAUGUCUGUUCAGCAAUUGAUCACAGAUAAAGUCAAAGUGUGGUAAAAACAAAAGGGGUACACAAGGCCCAGACAAGGGUAUCACUGAUGUGGAAUAAUGGUGAAUUUUGACCUUUCUUUGUUUUGGUUUAUUUAUUUAUUAUUUUUUUAUUUACGUAUGAUGCA